AUGCACCUGGACUCGGCGCUAGGUAAGGCAGAGUUCAAACUCCAGGGCCCUGCUUGCAGAGUCUGGAAAUGGCUGAAGUAGUAAGAGUGUCUCUGAGCACGUUUGUUCUCUGGGCAGGGUGUCUUUCCUUCCUGCUCCUUAUCCUUAAAAACUCCCUCUCUCAAUGUCCAGGGGGUGCAGAGGUGAUGGCUCCCCUUUUGCGGAAUGCUCUCCCCAGAGAAAUGCACCUGGCACCAUUGUUGUCUGUUUUUAGUUGCCAGACAUUUUUUUAAAAAUAAUUUGCUUUCUCCUUUGAACCUUAAUUUGGAGGGUAGCUGGUUAUGUUUGUUAUCUUUAUAUUCCACUCAUCCUUUUAAGUGGGUUGGGCAGGGAUUGUUUUUGUGAUUAGAUAGAUAGAUCUGCAUUUUGUUUUGUUUUUUUUUUUUUUUAAAUCAUAUUUAUUAAAGUUUCCAAAAAUAUAAAAAUACAAAGAAAAAAGACAAAAGAAAAAAAGAUAUUUAAAAACCUUACUUUCAUUCCCUACUUUCUGGGACUCCCCCCCUCCCCCCCCCAAUUGUAUUCCCCUUUCCUUAAUUUGGUUCUACAAGCUCUCACUCCCAAUUUAAAGCUUAAUUUGUUUAACCCACUAUCCAGAUUGAAUUGUACAAAUCUUACCACCGUCCCACAUCAUUAACAGAAAAGAAAAAGAUUUUCCCCAAGAUCCACCCCAGUUCAUUCAACAAAUUCCCUUUUAUAUUAAACACGUCCGAUCAAAGUAAAAUAACAUGCGUAAGUUAUGUAAAGAAAUAGAAAAUAAGAGAUAUAGAAAAAUUCAAAAGAUGGUUACACAGCCUUUGGAUUUCAAAUCUCCCCCCCCCCCUUCCCCGGUUUGAAUUCCCCAUGUCCAUCAGUCUAUACAUUAUCAGCUUGGAAGUCUCAUUUCAUGACCAGAUUUCUCCCGAUUCCAUCUUGCCGGUUUUCUUUUAAUUUAUUAAUUUAAAUAAUAUUUAACUUCAAAUGUCCAAUCUAACAAAGGCCUUUAAUUUCCUUGAUCUUUACCACUCCUCCCGUUGUUCUUUCCGUGUCGUAAUCAGUCCUUUAUUCUUCUUAUUCCUCACUUUCUCAGGUUUCUUGUCCUGUUCAGCUGCUAAAACUUUCUAAUUCAGAAAUCUAGUGUCUUUGCAGAGGUUUGUUCAGAACAAAACGUCCCUUCAAUAAAAUCAUUGUCUUGACUACUUCAGUUUUCCUAAAGAUAACAAGUCUAACAGGUUUUCCUUACUCUGUAUCCCGAACCCUGGGUUAAUUUGUACCUCUAACAAGUCAAAUUGUUGUUUUAGUUUAUAUCAUAUUGCAAAUAACAGAAGGUCUAUAACAUCUUAUUCCCCUUGAUACAGCUGCUCGUCUCACAGGCCGGCGUCCCGGGGGGUUUUUUUUCACCUCACUUUCUCCUUCUUUAAUUUCCCAUUGUUUAUAGUAUACCUGUUCGUCUGUUUUGGAAUGUAAGUUGACUUCUUUUAAAUGCCCGUCCAAAUCAAAGAACCCGUUAUACGGUUCCAAAUAAGUCACGCCGCGCGGUGCGGGGCAGACGCAUCCUUAAAGGGCCCCAUGUCGACCUGCCUUGUCCGACCCAGCCCCGCAGCGACUCGGGCGCUGGCGCGGCGUAGAUCUUCAUUUUGGAGUCUUCUUUUAUUGCUGUUUUUAUAUUUGGUUUUAACAUUUAUUUAUUUUUUGUUCGUAUUUUUAUUUUGUAAGACGCUUUGAGACACGUAUGUUUAAAAAGCGAUGCAUAACUGUAAAAAAUAAUUAAUGUAUUAGGUAAUAUUGCAUUAAAAUAUGUAUAUUAGGAGAAAAAUUUACACUAAGAUGCUGAUGAAUUUUCAUGUCACCUUUUUUUUAAAAAAAAAAAUGCAAACUGAUAUGGAAAUAUAGAGAACUGAAUUUAAGACUGGAAAAAUUAGAAACAGAGAAACUAAACUUCAGGCUUCCCUCUCCCUACUUUUCCUUUAAGGCUUUCCUUAAAACCCACCUGUGAAGCCCUUGAUAUGUCCCCUUCAACCUCAUCUGCCACUGAAAUUAAGCCCAAGUGCAUGCUCCUUAGGGCAGAGACCUUCCUUCCAUAUUCCUAAGGACUAGAAACGUGCUUUUGAUUUUACACAUAAGAUGGGACUGAACUUGGGCCCCAUUGAAAUCAACAACCCACUCAUUUCAGCUAAGAGAACUAAGUUCAGCUGAUUUAGUCUGGAUCCAGCUACCUUACACGUGGUUCUGUGGCUUUGUUUCUCAAGUUACGUUUAUAAUAGGUAAAUAAUAAGUAGUAAUGUGUAAAUAAUAUAACAUAAACCAAUGCUGUAAUAACUUUGUCCUGGAAUCUCUCCUUGAAGGCACUGGGAACCGCCUGGUCCUCAAGAGGAUCCUGCAUGUGGACCGGACCUUGUUCUUCUUAAGAUCAGCAUCUCCUGUCAGGUAAGGAUGCCCUGAUGGGGUACUGAACUCUUGGCAACCUAGAAAACGAGUGGGGAACCACAGGCCCAGGGUCCAAAUGCAGCCCUCCAUUCUUCUCUACCUGGCCAUUGGAACUUUAAUCAGGCCACGCCCCUUAUAUGCCCUGCUACGCAUAUAAGUGUUUUUGACUGGCUGGAAGGUGUCCUUGAUCUCUGAGAAUGCCUCUCGCUUUUCUGGACAGAGGUUAGAGAGAGGUGCGCGAAUGGGUGCAGAGGCUAGCCCUCUUUGGUUGGACUACAAUGUCCAGGGUCCUUGGCCAUUGGCCAAUCUGGCUGCUGGGGCUGAUUAGAGUUAGAGACCAACAACAUCUGGUUAGCCACCCCUUCCUUGAUUAGAUACAAGAAGUGGUUCCCAAUUAGCAAAGUACUGUGGACGCCCUGUUUUUCAAAAGCCAACCCACGAACCCCCUACUUUUGGUAGUUUUUGUUAUGUGAAUGGUGUCACCGUACCCUCCAACAUGUCCCAGUGAUGUGACCUUUUUGAGAACACGGUGCCCAAGAAAUGUGCAUUUUGGGGUGCUACAAUCUUGUUCAAGACACAGCCAACCUCCUGGAUGGGUUAUGUGGACCCCUGGAGUCCACGGACCACCAAUUGGGAACCACUGAGACAAUGCAAGGGAAGCCUUUUUGAACAUUCAAAAGUGUUCUAUUACUUUUAUACAGUCAUACCUCGGCUCCCGAACACCUUGGGAGUCGAGCGCUCCGGCUCCCAAACGAUCGAAAACCAGAAGUGAGUGCUCCAGUUUUCGAACAUUCUUUCAGAAGCCAAACGUCCAACAAGGCUUCUGAUUGGCUGCAGGAGCUUCCUUCAGCCAAUCAGAAGCUGCGCUUUGGUUUCUGAACGUUUUGGAAGUCGAACAGACUUCCGGAACAGAUUCCGUUUGACUUCCAAGGUACGACUGUAUCUGCCUUCCUCCAUAUUUACUUUUAUCAUCUCUUGCUACUUUGUUAGCCAUAAAUUUAUGUUGAAGAUCUGUCUGUCUGCCUGCCUGUCUGUCUCUCUAUCCAGACAUAGGAAGCUGUCCACAGUCUGUUCUUUAUGGAAACAACUGAAUACAUUUUUGUUUGUUUGUUUUCAAGCUCUAGAAUGCAUUUGUAUUUGCAAAAAACAGAGCUGCCAGCUUGAUAGGGGUUCCCUCUUCCUUAGCCACCUUUCCUUUCUUUUCUUUUCUUUUCUUUUUUUGAAUAAACAUUCACAAACUUUUUAUUGAUAAUAAUCAGUUAAAUAAUUUAAGGAUGUAUUUAUUUAUUUAUAUUAAAUAAAUUUUAUUAGUAUUUUCCACACAACAGCAACAUGAAAAAUAUCGAAAAAUAACAAUACACAACACACAAAAACCAACAUUCGAAAAACUAAAAAAGCAACAACAACAACAAACAAAUCAAUAUCUUACAAGUUAAUAAUAUAAACACUAAAAAAAGACACCUCACAUUUUCUUUCCUCUCUCUCUUUCAGGGACUUUGUCUGUCAUGUGGGAGGACCCCAGGGGUUCCCAUCUCAGCCAACCUCCCCCAGACCAAGCCAGCCAGCACUGAAGAAUGUGCCCACCUCUGGUAAAUCCACUACUUUAUGUUUCUAAGGAGCGAUGCUGUUGCCGAUCACUAAUCUGUACCAGGGAACACAACUAGAUUGCCUGGCAGGGGUGGAGUGGGACAUUCCUACCACUGCCAUUGGGGUCUGGGCAAAAACCCUUUGUGGUUUUCUCUUUUUAGCCAUGCGCAAGAGAUUUAUGCAAUUCUGCAAUUACAUUCAGACGUGCAAUUUGAUAUCGAGGUGUAGACAUGAGCAGCUUGGGAACCUUCGCUUUGGUUAUUUUUAAUUUUUAAAAGCAGGUUUCUAUUUCUGAUGAAUUGGAAGGGAUGCUUGAAAGCUGGGAUGGAGAGCCUUUUCUGGCUGUGGGUGGGGGCAGAUCUUAAUCUCUCCAACCCCUGACGGUUUGGUUCCGACAAACGACUAGGGGUGCCAUAGUGACGUCAGGUGAUGCUGUGCUUUGAAGCCCCACUUGUCAGGACUUCAAAGCACAGCGCAGGGCUUUCAAACAGCCUUUUGUAAACAUCUCAUGAUGAUCCUUUGGUUUACAGAUUCUUUGAAGUUAAGGAGCAACAAAGGACUUUCAGACAUCCCCGUGCUGCUCUUUGAACCUCCAAAAAUCAGAAAAGAGCAGUGGAGGAAUGUUAGCAAAGGGCUGAUUGAAAGUCUUUCUCCUGACAUUGCGCUGCUUCUUAAUCCCCUGAAAAUUGGAGGUUUAAAAAGCAGUGCAGGGCUGUUUGGGAAACGGCUAUCAAACAGCCCUUUGAACAUGCAGUUUUCCAGUGGAAACUGCUUUUCCUGCAUGAGCAAAUAGGAACGUGGCUUGCUCCAGCAAAGGAACAAACUGUGCGCUUACCUGCAUUGACAUUGUGUAUGGCUAACGGGGAGGAUGUGUAAACAUCCCACAAGCAAAUCAGGAUGAAUGCAGGAGGAAUGUUCAUUGACUUGCAACCUCUCUGCAAAUAAAUCAAAACGAAUGCUCAAUAAACCCUGGAUCUAAUCUAACCUCUCUAUAAGUGUUGUGCUAGCAAAUCGGAACCAAUGUGUAAUAAAUAGGUCACCCAGGAGCCCUAACUCUCACUUUUCUCCUCCGCAGAAGCCAUCCAGAAACACCGCAAAAACCUCUCUGACUGGUUCCGCCAGCAGCCAAACGAGGAGCGUCAGUUUGGCCCGUCGUUCUCACUAGACACCACCCACGUGGACCCCGUGAUCCGGGAGAGCUCCCUGGAGGAAAUCCUGAAGCCUUCUCCUGAGAUGACCAUCCAGAACCAGCUGCAGGCCUCCCGUAGCCACACCAUUGGCCUCCAGAACCUCUUUGAUGUGGACGCCUGCGGGAAUCAGGUGAAGAACGUGGUCCUCUAUGGCACGGUGGGCACCGGGAAGAGCACCCUUAUCAAGAAGAUGGUGAUGGACUGGUGUCACGGCCGCCUCCCGCGCUUUGAGCUGCUUAUCCCAUUCUCCUGUGAGGACCUUUCCCAAGGCAGUGCACCCAUCUCCUUGCGGCGCAUGAUCACCAAGAAAUAUCUUCAUCUCCGGGAGCUGGUGCCCACAUUGGGUUCCAGCCACCUCAAAGUGCUCUUCAUCCUCAAUGGCCUGGACCGCCUCAAUCUAGACUUCCGCCUGGCGCACACAGAACUCUGUUGCGACCCCAACGAGCCGAUUCCUCCAUCCGCCAUUGUGGUCAACCUGCUGAGGAAAUACAUGAUGCCAGAGGUUUGUGUUCAGGGAAGAUUGUUCUUUAUGUAUUUAGAGCCUUUGAACCCGUUGUUCCACCAAAAGCUUCCCAGAGUGUCAAAUAAACAAGACAGACCCUGCCUGCGAGCUUAAAAUCUAAAACACACGGAAAAGGAGAUAGGGAGGGAAGGGGGGGGGGAGAUCGGAACUCAGGCACCAGUUCUUACUUAAGCAAUUGUUCUUAUAAUGACUGUCUGGCACAGUUCAGAGGCAGGAGGCAUCUGAUGGGGUUUGAUGCCUUCGGCAAAGCUGAUGGAUUGAGCUCAGCUUCCCAUCUUUCAUGCUGGUGGAAUGGGUGGCUCCCUGAGUGAGACUGCUCGCCUCUUUCCCUUGAGGUCCACAAAUGGUAGAUGCUUAGAGAGAGAAUCAGCAGCAGAAUGCAGUGGCCUUCAGCAAACAAAAACCCAUUUAAUGGUGGUCCAUUAAAUUAAAAUACAGCUGAGGAGCCUGUGACCCUCCAUAUGUUGUCAAACUCCAACUCCCUUCAUCCCUGACCAUUGACCAUGCUGGUGGAAGUUGAAGUCCUACACAUCUGGAGUGCCAGAGGUUCCCCAUUCUCUGGCAUAGACAAUACUGAGCUGGAUAGACCAAUGGUCCGACUCAGAACCCAGGGGUAGAAAACUAUCAUUAUGUUCUCAACUGACAGUCAGUGUCAACAAUACUGAGCUAGAUGGAAGAGUGUUCUGCCUUGGUAUAAGGUAGUUCCCUAGGUUCUAUGUCUUGUGUUCUGACCUUGGAUUUCAUUGACCAACCCAUGUCUCCUGUCUCUCCAGGCAAGCAUCAUCGUCACCACACGGCCCUCAGCGGUGCGCCGCAUCCCCAGCAAGUUUGUGGGCCGCUACGUCGAGGUCUGUGGCUUCUCUGACAUCAACCUCCAGAAGCUCUACUUCCAUUUGCGCCUGCGUAGGCCUGAGUGCCUCGGGGCCUCUGGCCCUCCAACGGCGGAGGAGGCAAACGAGCAGGACAACUUGGUGGAGAUGCUGUCCAGGAACUUGGAGCGGCACAACCAGAUUGCAGCCGCCUGCUUCCUGCCAUCCUACUGCUGGCUGGUUUGCACCACAUUGCACUUCCUUUACUUUACCAAGUCGGUGCCCCCCACUCAAACCCUCACCGGGAUCUACACCAGCUUCCUGCGGCUCAACUUCAGCGGGGAGGUGCUGGACAGCACGGACCCCUCUGACAUCUCCAUGAUGAAAUACGUGUCCAAAACAGUGGGCAAGCUGGCCUACAAGGGGGUGAUGUCCCGGCAGACCUCCUUCUCGGAAGAGGACCUGCGCCGCUGCUUUGAGGUGGAGAUGAAGACAGAGAGUGAGCUCAACCUCCUGAAUGUUUUCCGCAGAGACGUCUUCAGCUUUUUCCUGACGCCCAGCGUGCAGUCGGGCAAGGAGCACACCUUUGUCUUCACCAUCCCUGCCAUGCAGGAAUACCUGGCGGCCCUCUACGUGGUCCUGGGCGAGAAGAAGACCCUGGGGCAACGGGUGGGCAAGGAGAUCUCCGAGAUCAUUGGCAAGGUGAGUGAAGAUGUGACUGUGGUCCUCAGCAUCGUCUCCAAAGUCUUGCCUCUGCGCGUCCUGCCGGUGCUCUUCAGCCUCAUCAAGGUCUUCCCCCGCUACUUCAGCCGGUUCACCAGCAAGGACCGCGACACCAUCGCCCACACCAUGGCGGUGGAGAUGUUCAAGGAGGAGGACUACUUCAACGACGACGUGUUGGACCAGAUCAACUUCAGCAUCCUCGGGGUGGAAGGUCCCAUGCGCCACCCGGACGAGGCUUCGGACGACGAGGUCUUUGAGCUCUUCCCCAUCUUCAUGGGAGGGCUGCUGUCACAGCGCAACCGGGCCAUCCUGGACCAGCUGGGCUGCUCCAUCAAGAACCUGGCAGCCUUUGAGAUCGCCAAGGCCAUGAAGAAGACGGUCAUCCGCAACAGCCGCAAGGGCUUGCCACCGUCCGAGCUCAUGGACUACCUCUUCUUUCUGCACGAGUUCCAGAAUGAACGCUUCACAGCCGAGGCCAUCCAGUCCUUGAGGACCAUCAACCUCUCCUCUGUCAAGAUGACCCCUCUCAAGUGCUCCGUCGUGGCAUCUGUCGUGGGCACCACCAGUCAUGAAGUGGAGGAGCUGAACUUGGCCUCUUGCCACCUCGACAUCAACAGCUUAAAGAUUCUCUUCCCUGUCUUGCUGCGGUGCAAAAAACUCCAGUGAGUGUUGGUUGGUUGGUUUAUUGAAUUUACAUCCUGCCUUUCCUCCCCAAGGAACCCAAACAGACAAUUUAGAAACAAAAGCACAGCAAAAACAUUCUAAAAUAGUUUAGAACUUUCUAAACUAAACUUUGCUGACCUUUAAAACUCUAAACAGCCUCAGCUAAGUAUACCUGAAGGAGCGUCUCCACCCCCAUCAUUCAGCCCGGACAUUGAGGUCCAGCUCCAAGGGCCUUCUGGCAGUUCCCUCACUGCUAGACAUGAGGUUACAGGGAACCAGGCAGAGGGCCUUCUCGAUGGUGGCACCCGCCCUGUGAAAUGCCCUCCCAUCAGAUGUCAAGGAAAUAAACAACUAUCUUUUAGAAGACAUCUGGAGGCAACUCUGUUUAGGGAAGUUUUUAAUGUUUGAUGUUUCUUCAUAUUUUUAAUAUUUUGUUGGAAGCCGCCCAGAGUGGCUGGGGAAAUCCAGCCAGAUGGGCAGGGUAUAAAUAAUAAAUAAUUAUUAAAGCAAUUAUAGUUAGAAACUUAAUUCCCAUCUAAUAUUAUUGAGGUCCCAGGAACAGUAUUCUUCAGCCAACCAAAUGCCUGGGUAAGCAGGAAUGUUUUCAAAUUCCUCCUGGAAGUUAAUAAUGAUGGAGGCAGGUGUGUCCCAGUAGGGAGGGCAUUCCACAAUUGGGGAACCACCACUAAAAAGGCCCUGCCGUGAGUCAAUACCAACUGGGCACAUCCCAGUGUUGGCACCACCAAAGAAGACCUCCUCUGCUGAUCAUAGGGUCCGAGAUGGUUGGAUUAUGUAUUCUCUCCAACGUUGCCCUAAGGAGAAUUGUUAUGUCAGGGCGAAGAUUUAAGUUUGGCAAUGGAACUUGCCCUUCUCUCCCCACAUGUGUCCUGUAUCCUCCCCUAUAUAUGCUCUGAAGGGCUGGAGGGACCCCUAGAACUGAUUCUGCAGGGCAUGAGUGGGGGGGGGAUGUGGAGGGGGGAAAAACCCAUGUUACUCAAGCAUAAAUCCUUGCAUGGAUGGAGUGAGUUAGUUAGAUACCGCCCUGAAUGUUCCAUAGUGACUUAGCACUUUGUUCACAAGCUCACAUGACCAAGCUGUUGCUCAAAGACAAGCUCAGGUUGUAGAAACAUAGGAAGCUCCUUUGUACCGUCCAGCCCAGUAUCUUCUACUCUGACUUGCAGAAGCUCCCCAGGGUUUCAGGCAGAGAACAGUCUUUCCCAACCCUUGCUUCUUGCCAUCUUGGAAAUUGGCGAUAGCAGAUUUUCUGCCUCUGGGCUAUGGAGGACCCCUUUUGCACCCCAGAUUCCACCAGGCACCAGGAAGAACACCCACUGAGUAGACCUAAAGAAAUAAAUAGCCAUGGCUCCUUGCUUUCAGCGGGUCUACUCUGAGUAAGACUUAGCUGGAUACAGUCCCAUGUCCUAACAAUUUGCCAGGUUCGUUGUAAUGUGUCUUCCCUCCGCAAGGUCACCACAGGUGACCAGGAAUUUCAUGCAGGCUGCCAGAGGAAGAAUGGACUGCUCCAUUACUCCUCCAUCCAGCCCACCUGGGAGAAGCCCACAAAAAGGAUGUUUCCCCAAGCUUUGAAUCACAGACCCUCCAGAUGUCCCUAUUUUCCAGGGAUGUCCCUGAUUUAGAGAAGCCGUCCUGGUUUCUGAUUUGAUCCCAAAAUGUCACACUUUUCCUUAGGAUGUCCCUAUUUUUAUUGUAGAAAUGUUGGAUGGUUAUGGAGUUAUUCGACCCCCGAGCCGUUUGGAGGCAAUCCUGUAUACAGAAUAUUUUUUAAAAGGUUUUAUUAUGCUUUUAUAUAUGUUGGAAGCUGCCCAGAGUGGCUGGGGUAACCCAGAAAGAUGGGUAGGGUAUAAAUAGUAAAAUUAUCAUUGUGGAAUGAGACGUCCCUAUUUUCAUUGGAGAAAUGUCAGAGGGUAUGCAUUCUUGCCUUUCGCCAGAGGGUGGCAAACUGUGAUUAGGAAGGGAAAAGAGGAAGGGAAAAAGCAAAGUGAUUUUUCUGUGUUUGUGUCUUCCCUCAGCUUGCAGCUCAACAGCCUGGGGCCAGAAGCAUGCAAGGAGAUCAGGGACCUGCUGUUGCACGAGAAAUGUGGUGUGAGUACCCUAAGGUGAGUGUGAACAGGGAGACUGCAAGUCCGACAGAGAGGAGAGGGUGCACUCUGUCCCUAAAUCUCUCCCAGUCCCCCCCCCAACAGUUUGGUAGAGCAAAACGAAAGGAAUUCUCAUCCAAAUAAAAGCUGGAGAAUCAGAUUAUUAUUAUUAUUAUUAUUAUUAUUAUUAUUAUUAUUAUUAUUUCCAAGCUUUAGUAAGGAAGCCCAGAGCAGCAGGAAACACACCUAUAAAACAAUUCACUUUUUUAAAAAAGCGUUUUGUUGUCUCCAGUGCUUGUCCUGGGCCUGACUGAGGUGCAUUCAUUUCAGUGAGUCUACUCUUGAGUAGAACUGAAUUAGAUACAGUCCAACUCUGGAUGUCAGCAUACUACCACACCUUUCAGUUUGAGGUUUUGGAGGUCUGGAGGUUUUUUUAAUAAAAAAAACCCCCGCAAUCAAGCCGCAAAUAAAAUUUAUUAAAUAAAAUUUAUUAAAUAAAAUAAGUAAAUAAAUUUCCCACAGUGCCCAGGUGGACAUGGGGUCAAAGUGCAUUGUGGGACAUCAGUAGAGCAGCCAGAUUCUGCUGCCCCCUCACCGCAGCUCUGAACCAGCUGCUCUUGCUAACUUUUAAAGAAAAUGCAGGUGGUUCUCCUUAUGGUUCUCCUACAGUCAAGUGUCUAGUCAACUUUGUCUCUUUGAAUCCAGGAUGAAACCCCUACACCCAUUUACGCAGAGUAAACGCCACUGAGUUUUUGCUGGGAUUGCCUUCCCACUCUGUGCAGAGGAACGCAGAGAACUUCUUUAACAGAGCUAGCUUGGUCUGACGUUCUCAUCUCAAACUGCUGUUUUCUGACAGUUUAAUCAGCACAGAAUUGAUUUGUCAAACUGUCUACUGCCUUGCAUCUAUCCUUUGAAGCAGACUAUAGGGAACCUUGAUUUCCCUUCCAAUGCAUUCCUGCGUGUCUCCCACGCAGCGAGUCCUGGGCCAUAUUCCAAGGCAUGCCCACCCAUUACAUGCAAGAGGGAUGGCAAACCCGUUAGACUUCAUUGCAAACCUGCAUGAACAGGGCCCCGGCCCUAUCGUUGAGUAGGGGGAGGCAGUGGCUUCAGCAGGCUCUUCCUCUGUGGGCAGCUCUUCCCGCUGUCUUUUCACUGGGGCAUGUCUUGCUGUUGGUUUAGGAAACUUAAGAAGAAACUAUUUCCAGGGCCAAAGGUGCUUGAGUUGAGAGGCCCAGAGUGCUCCUUUCAAAGUCACAAAGGUGCCCAGAGAGCCUGCACGAUAAAUAUAUGAUGAAUAAAUAGGGCAAAAAAUAAAACUUCUGGAAAACCCACUUUGAAAAGGACUGUUUUAGACAAUGCGACAAUUAUUCAUCCUCAAACAGCUGUUGAUGGACCUUAUCUGUAGGGUCACAAUCUUGGCUAACCCAACUUUCACUGUCUGCUCUUCUUCAUUUUUGCCACUUGCAGGCUGGCGGACAACCCCCUGACAGAGCAGGGUGCCCAGUACCUCGCUGAAGGCCUUGCUGGCAACACCUCUUUGACCCACCUGUCACUGCUGCACACCUCGUUGGGGAACCGGGGCGUGGAGGUGAUCACCCAGCACUUGGCGCAAAACCAGCACCUGCAGGAACUCGACGUAGCCUACAAUUCGGUGUCCGACGCAACUGCCCUCGCUCUGGUGGAGGAGGCCAAGAGGCACGCCACCCUGGAAACUGUCCAGUAAGUCUCAGCAUCCUUUUCUGCCACUUCCUAGCUUAAUAUACUUAUGUACGCAGGCACAGAGGCAAGGGAAUAAGCUCCUGGGUAGCUAAUGAUUUUCCGCAGGGGCCAUACUUUGAACAAUCUGCUCAGCCAAUGCCUUGGCCAAAAGAUCUUAGGUUCCAUCAUCCAUUACUAGGGAUGGGGGAGGCAUCCAAUUCAGUUCUCAUUUAAAGGUGAACUUACUGAAUUUGCACCUUCUGGUGCAGUACAUGAGCCGAAAUGCAGACAUCCUUUAUAGAAUUGUAGAGUUGGAAGGGUCAUGUUGUCCAACUUCCUUUGAAAUCCAGAGUUCUCUGAAUUUUGCAGUGUGGCUGUCUAGCAGAGCAGUGUGUAGAGAAAUUAAUAUUGUAGGGUAAAGUUUGCCUAAAAAUAACAUUUCUACUGAUGAACACAGCAUGGUGAUACGCUUUAUAUUAGGGGGAAAUGCUUUGCAAAGAUGUGCUUAUUAGACAAAGGUGCACACAAACAUUUAUAUUAGGAGAAAUUUGCAAUGAAAUGUGCCAUGAAUUUUCAAUUUUAAACUCUUUUGGGGGGGACACAGGAUAAGUGGGUGUAGCUUGUUAAAUGGCGGUGGGGAUUUCCUCUCCCAAAUUUGUCAGAAAUUGAUGCACAUCUGCGUUCUAGCUAACUGCCUAAGUCUGGGUCCAUGCAUGUGGGUGGGAGAAAAGACUGCACCACUUUGGACUGCAGGUGAGGGGGCACUCCUUUUGGAUACUUCUCUGGGUUUUUUGUAUCUUUUUACCAUUUUCCUGCAUAUAGAAAGCUAAUAUCUCAAAGUAAGAGGUUAUAGCCCUUUGCCUGCUGAGCUGGCUUUCUAUUUGCAGGGACGUUUUGACAUAAAUAGUUGUUUGGAAACGUGACUCUCUCCCUCCCACCCCUCUACCUCUUCUGGGCGGAAAUGGUGCAGCCCAUUCUAAAACUCCACCUUGUUAGCACCACAUCCUGCUGCCGGCAUUGGUUACUGCCUCAACAUGGUGGCUCCUCCAAUUGGCUGUUUCUUCUUAGGCGCAGAGGCCUUUCCCGCCUACUUCAGCUCUUCCUCUUUCCUUCCCUCCAGCUUGUACUUCAACGACAUCAGCGAGGAAGGCAAGCAGGCCCUCCAUGCGCUGCGCAAGGAACGCGACGGCAUCAAGGUGCUCAUCUUCCUGACGAUGGGGGCCGACGUCUCCGACUACUGGGCCGUCAUCCUGAACGUAGUACAGAAGAACUUGCCCGUCUGGGACCGCGACCGGGUGCGUCAGCACCUCGGCCUGCUCCUGGAGGACUUGCGGUGCAGCCGCCAGGAGACGGCCAAUCCUUGGAAGAAGGCCAAGUUCAUCCGCGUGGAGAACGAAGUCAAGCGGAUGCUGGGAGACCUUCAGCAGGGCACUUCCUAG